UGUUAAACACGAUACCUGUUAACUAGUUUUUCUCAAGUUUUCCUUCAAACAACAAUGGCGAUUUCCACUAAUAUUCUUCUUCUUCUUCUUCACCUGUUUAUGAUCUCCGCCUUCAUUCUUCUGCCGGCUGCUGUCAGCGGAGGCGAGUUUAGCUGGUUGUCGAARCAGGGAGGAGAGUGCAGCGGAUCGAUUGCGGAGUGUAUGGGAGGAGGAGAGUUGGAGAUGGAAUCGGAGAGCACCAGGCGUAUACUAGCAACAACGAACUACAUAAGCUAUGGAGCGCUGCAAGGAAACAAUGUGCCGUGCUCACAGAGAGGUGCGUCGUACUAUAACUGUCGAUCCGGUGGYCAGGCUAAUCCCUACCAGCGUGGUUGCAGUACCAUUACUCGUUGCCGACGUUGAUUUUCCCUCUUUUUCUUCUUCUCUGCUUACUCCUGACUUGAUUGUCAUGUAUAAUUGAGGAUUAUAUUAUUAAUAUUUGUUUGAGAGUAAAGCAAUUUCCGGUUGAUGUUAUUUUUGAACGUGUUUAUAUUUCAAACUCAAGAGUGUGUUUCUUCU